AUCAUCAUCACUCAUCACUCACCUAGGAGCAGAGCACACCACCUAAUUUAAAUUUAAUGGAAAAAAAAAAUGACAACACCACCGAAAACAAAAUUUCCUCUCACAUUUGACAAUUACACACGCAACCCGCAAUACAACAUUUAUUACGCAUACUCAAAGUAGCUUCGAAGUUCGUAUUUUUAUUGGCAUAUCAUGGAGAAUAAUAAUCAGUCGUUUUGGCAAUUCAGUGACCAGCUGAGGUUACAGGCAUCUAAUUUGGCGAACCUUUCUCUAAACGAUUCGAUUUGGAGCAACAGUUACAUCUCCAAGAGGCGUGAUGAAAGGAUUAAUUUUGACAUCAAAGUUGGGGGUGAGAUCAACUCUUUCAAGUCAAAGGAGCCAGCUUGUGAUUACAAUGAAAACAUGAAUGGAUCUCUUCUUGCCGUGCCUUACAACAACAAUAACAUUUUGGGUGUUGGUGGAGUUGGUCUCAAUGGAGGCUUCAACAAAGGAAUUUACUCCAAGCCUGGUUUUGCCAAUCUUAACAACAAUAUUAACCUGAAUAUCAAUCCUAAGGGACACAAGUUCAAGGAUGAAGAUGAGCUUUUUCACCCAUCCAAACCUUCCAAGAAAAACAACAACAUCAACAAAAAGCAUGGGGGCAACACCAAUAACGAUGAUAACAGCAAGGAUUCCAAGGCUGCUGGCGACAAGAGAUUCAAAACGCUGCCCCCAGCAGAGUCUCUUCCUAGGAAUGAAACCAUUGGAGGCUACAUCUUUGUUUGCAACAAUGAUACCAUGGCUGAGAAUCUCAAGAGACAACUCUUUGGUCUGCCUCCACGAUACAGAGAUUCUGUUCGGGCCAUUACUCCGGGGUUGCCCCUUUUCCUUUACAACUAUUCCACUCACCAACUCCAUGGAAUCUUUGAGGCUGCAAGUUUUGGAGGGUCAAAUAUUGAUCCAUCAGCUUGGGAGGAUAAGAAGUGCCCUGGUGAAUCUCGUUUCCCCGCUCAGGUACGAGUGAUAACUAGGAAAACUUGUGAACCACUGGAGGAGGAUUCCUUCAGGCCAAUCCUUCACCACUAUGAUGGUCCCAAGUUCCGUCUUGAGCUGAAUGUGCCCGAGGCGUUGUCUCUGCUGGAUAUUUUUGCAGAACAAGACACCUUCAGUGACACUUUUAAGGCUUUGCCGGCAUAAAAGGAGAUAAAUAGCAAAAUAAUACAACAAGAAGAACAUCACUCACAGAGACAAUAGAUAAUUAGAGGUUUGGGUUGGUUUGAAAGUUAUUAAGUAUGGACUUAAGAAGAGAGUCCGAAAGACAAAACAAAAUGAAUAUAACGGAGGACGCUUGGAUAUUCAACAACCUAUAUAUUUAUUACUAGUACUUUUGUAUAGAGGAUGGUCUAUUAUACUCAUAUUAUUAAGAGAGAAUAGAAUAAGGAUGAACUAUUUUUGCAUAUGGGUUCUUGUACAAAAACUACAAAUUGGCGACAAAUGGAAGCCUAUAUGUUGUAGCUUGUGUUGUGUUCAGAAGGAACUCAAAAUAUAGUGGAGAAGUGUGAAACCAUGGUGGUCCAUUUCAGUGUUAUUCAUACAUUAUAUACGUGUGCUUUAAACAUUAAUAUGCUUUAAAGUUUUUAUAAA